CCCAGUCUGCGCUCCGCUCCAGCUGCCGCCGCCGCCGCCAUCAUGAUCUGCUUGGUGCUGACCAUCUUCGCCAACUUAUUCCCGGCGGCCUGUGCCGGCGUGCAUGAGCGCACCUUCCUGGCCGUGAAGCCCGACGGCGUGCAGCGGCGGCUUGUGGGCGAGAUCGUGCGGCGCUUCGAGAGGAAGGGCUUCAAGCUGGUGGCAAUGAAGCUGGUGCAGGCCUCGGAGGAGCUGGUGCGCGAGCACUACGCCGAGCUUCGCGAGCGCCCUUUCUACGGCCGCCUGGUCAAGUACAUGGGCUCCGGGCCGGUGGUGGCCAUGGUGUGGCAGGGGCUGGACGUCGUGCGCACCUCGAGGGCACUAAUUGGGGCCACGGAUCCUGCGGACGCCCUGCCGGGCACGGUCCGUGGAGAUUUCUGCAUCGAGGUCGGAAAGAAUGUGAUUCAUGGCAGCGACUCCGUAGAGAGUGCCCACCGUGAGAUCGCGCUCUGGUUCCACCCCCGGGAGCUCCUCUGCUGGGAGGACAGCACUGAGCACUGGCUGUAUGAGUAACCCGGCAGCAGGGGCCAGUCCUCUUUCAGCGGCAUAAGACCCAAGGCUGGGUGCCCAGGGCCUUUAGAACAGACCGCUGCAAUAGUUGUGGAUGACUUAGCAUCCUCCAGGCCCCGGAAGUGGUGCUCAGAACAGCCUUUUGUAGCAGGGUUUACAGUACCCCUUGGGUCUGCCCAGGCCUUGGUAUGCCACUGUUUACAGCACGCCUAGAAACGCACCAGAGUGGCGACCCUGGCACUCAGCUUGGUCCGGCAUUUCUUUUUAUAAUAAACUGAAGAAAAUCCUUGGGCUCGCAUUGGUUUGGGUCCAGGGACACAAAAGUA